UGACGCCCCGCGACCGCGGCGACCGCACGCUCGGCGUGCUUACUCAGAAGUUCGUCAUGCUGCUGCUCGUCAGCGACCGGCCGUGGCUGAGUCAGGACGUGCUGGCGCGGGUGCUGCUGGGCCAGGACGGCCUGUCGCCGGACGGCCAGCACAAGGCGAAGGUCCGCCGGCUCUACGAUAUCGCCAACAUCCUGCAGAGCGUCGGCCUGGUGGGCAAGGAGACGAGCGGCGCCUGCCGGCGGCCGCUCUUCGCCUACACGGGCGCGCACGUCGACCCGAUCCCGGUGGAGCCCGACAUGCAGCGGUCCCGGCAUUCGCUCAUUCCCACGACACCACUGCUGCGGAGGCCGGCCGGUCUGGCAGCGCCGCGCUCCGCAGGCGCCAGUGAGUGA